AUGGCAGCCUAUGCAGCUUUGGUUUCUCUAAUGAAUAUCAUUGAUGCAAUAGAACACCAUCAUUCCCCACCCAUCUCUCUCCACAAACACCAAAUUCAAUCUCUCACUGAAAAUGUUACCUUCCUGCAAGAAUUUCUCAAAGAUUACAAGUCCCCUGUUUCUGACACCGACGAAGCGGAUCCAUUGGAGAUGCGGAUUGCUGACGCAGCUUAUGCUACUGAGGAUGUUAUCGAAUCUCAUAUUGUUGACAAGAUUCACCUCAGUAGAUCCAAACUCAGGCGCUUCUUCAACUUCUUUCGAGGUCCCAAGGAUCAGAGAAAUGCCUCAUCAAAAAAAGAUGAUGAUGAAGCGGUCAAGCUGUAUCGAGCGGUACAAAAUGUGAUAGAGGAAAUGAAUCGGAUCAAGGAAGUGGCAAUGGAGACCAAGACGGAGAAGGUGGUGGUGGUGGUCCGUGAUCAACCGCUUGGAUUUGUCUCUUCUUCCAGUAGGAAGAAGAGUAGUGGCAUGAUGGUGUUCUCUGAUGAUGUCUUGCACGGGAUCAUGGAGAAGCUCAUGUCAAACGAAUCCGGUCGCCAGGUCAUCCCCAUCACCGGUAUGGGCGGAAUAGGUAAGACCGCUCUUGCUCAAACUGUAUAUCAAAAAAAAACUAUCACGGACCAUUUUCAUAUUUGUGCUUGGGCUACUAUUUCCGAACAAUACAACACAAGAGAAAUUCUAUGUGAGCUUGUUUCUCAAGCCACUAAGAAAGACAAGGAAACUCUUAGUGAAAGGAGUGAAGAAGAAUUAGGGUCAGAGCUCCGCAAAUAUUUGUGGGGUAAAAGGUUUUUAAUUGUAAUGGACGAUAUGUGGAACAUUGAGUCUUGGGAAAGUAUUCAACAUUACUUUCCUGACAAUGGGAAACAUAGUCGAAUAAUGGUGACAACUAGGAUCUCACAACUGAGUUCCCGGUUAAACAAUCAGUACAGCCAUCAAAUGGAAUUUCUUGAUGAGAGUAGUAGUUGGGUCUUGUUCUCUAAAACUGUGUUUGGAGAGGAACCUUUUCCUCUUGAAUUGGAGAAAAUUGGAAAAGAAAUUGCAUACAAUUGUAGGGGACUUCCUCUAUCAAUUGUUGUAGUUGGUGGUCUUUUGAAAAAUAUUGAAAGCACCCAAAAAAGUUGGGAAUCAAUAAGGAACAACUUAACUUCAAGAGUAAAUUUAGACAAUAAUAAGCAUUGCUUAAAAUUGUUGAAAAUGAGCUAUAAUCACUUACCAGUCUACUUGAAGCCUUGUUUCUUAUACAUGGGUGUGUUUGAAGAAGAUGAUGCAAUUCGAGUCUCAACCCUCGUUAAGCUAUGGGUUUGUGAAGGAUUUCUUAAACCUGUGGAUGGCCAAAGUUUGGAAAUGAUGGGGAAAGUGUUAUUAAAAGACUUAGUGGAUAGAAAUCUUGUUUUAGUGGAUGAGUUGGGGUCUACUGGAAACAUAAAACGAGUCAAAGUUCAUGAUUUGCUAAGAGAUAUAUGUCUGAACCAGGGCAAGAAAGAAGGGUUUUAUCAUGUGAUAGGAGAGUCUAGUCCUCGAGGCAUAAAUAGCCAACGUCGCGUUGUUAUACGCAGAAAGACUUCAAAGGUGAAAGUGCUUUACGAGUUGCAAUCUAUGUCGCAUGCUCGCUCAAUCAUUCGCGAGCAUGGGAAACUUCCUAAGGGCCAUAACUUUAGAUUGUUGAGGACAAUACAUGCAUACAAAUUUCGUUAUUACAACGACGAAAGCUAUGUGAAUUCUCGCGUGUCUGGGUAUGUUAACUUGCGGCACCUUGCUGUUGAGAUUGCCAGGAUGUCCUCAAUUUUUUCUUCGUUCGGACACCUUUGGAAUUUGCAGACUUUGAUUGUUUCUUGCGAGAGUGAGUCUACUGCGCCUACAGAGAUUUGGAAAAUGCCUCAACUCAGGCAUAUUGCUAUGAAGGGGAGAAGAUUAAUUCUUCCAGAUCCUUCAACUGAUGAUGUUGUCAUGGAGAAUCUAAUGGUCCUUACGGGAGUACUCAAUUUCAAGUGCGACGAAGAGGUGGUUAAGAGAAUUCCCAAUAUCAAUAAGUUGGAGAUAAUGUAUUCAGGGAGAAAGGGAAUGGAGCAUGAUGAUUAUUAUUGUUUGGCCAAUAUUGAAUGUUUGAGUAAUUUAGAAUACCUCCACAUCUCACUUUGGUUAGAUUUUAGAGGAAGUGACUUGUAUAAGCUCAUGUUUCCACAAAACCUUAAGAGCUUGACUCUUUCGGUAAACGGUGGGUUUGAAUGGGAAAUGAUGUUGGAAAAGAUCGGUUCAUUGCCCCUUCUUGAGAAGUUCAAGUUGUGGCUUGGAUGUUUUGGAACAGGAAAGUGGGAAAUAUGUGAAGGUCAAUUUCCUAGCCUUAAAUACUUGGGAUUAUUUUCGUGCGCUAGCCUAAAACACUGGACUACAGAAGAAGACUCCAUCUUUCCACAUCUCGAGAAGCUUUAUCUUUUCAAUUUAGAAGGGUUGGAGAAUAUUCCACAUGAAAUUGGAUGCAUACCCACGCUCCAAAGCAUACAGAUGGUUGAUUGUCGCGAAUCAGUGGUGAAGUGUGCGAAAGAGAUUGUAGAGGAACAAAUGGAUUUAGACGGGGACGAUCUUUCCUUUAAUGUUAGCGUUUGGCUUCCACUUUUUAAGAACGAAGAAGCAGUGUUGCGAGAGUUGCAGAGCUUGUCAGGUCCCAACUUUGAAGUUGCGUAUUCCUAA